AUGGAGUUAAAAGGAGCCUAUGAUAUAGAGCAGUUGAAUUCCACAUCAAGAAUUCAGCAUGAACUGUGGCCUCUUGAUGGAAUUGAUCCAAAAAAAGCCAAGUUUCCUUGUUGCCUCAUUUGGACUCCACUCCCAGUUGUCUCAUGGUUGGCACCUUUCAUUGGACAUGUUGGCAUUUGCAGAGAGGAUGGAACUAUUUUAGACUUUUCAGGAUCCAAUUUUGUGAAUGUUGAUGAUUUUGCAUUUGGUGCUGCUGCUAGAUAUCUUCAACUUGAUAGAGAACAGUGUUGCUUUCCACCAAACCUUGCCGGGCACUCUUGCGAGCAUGGCUAUAAGCACUCAGAGUAUGGGACUGCAAUCACAUGGGAUGAUGCUCUACAGUCGAGGGCAUUGGAUAGACUGGAAGUCGGUAAUAAAAUCCUUCCUGCCCUUCGCAGUUGUGCUUUGCUUAGGUGUAGUUUUGGUUGGUUGGCCCUUCUUAGUUGGGCUGUUCUCAUUCUCUCUCCUCCUUAUGGGGUGGUUUCUGUUGGGCACUUAUUGUUUCAAAAGCCUGUUAGAAUGCUAGAACUUAUGCAACCAACGCUGGUUGCUUUGUUCUGGGUAAGUUGA